AUGGAAGCAGGCGAAGACGCUGCUGCUGCUGCUGCUGCUGCUGCUGCUGCUGCAGUGACGGAGCUGCGGCGGAAGCUGCGGCUGGUGGCGCAGGAGGCGCGGGCCUUCGGGGAAGCUGCGCAGGGGCGGCUGCGGCAGCAGCAGCGCGCGCUGGAGAAGCUCAAGAGCGAAAAUGCUGCACUAAAGAGCGAACUGCAGCAGACACGGGAGGCUCUGUCGCAGCAGCAGAACUUGCUGCUGGGGGCUCGCAUGCAGGGGCUGCAGGCGCAGUGCGGCUUGCUGCUGCGGCGCACUGCAGCAGCAAAGCGCGAGGAGCAGCAGCUGCUGCAGCGCCGCAGCCUCCUCGAGGCCCGCCUCCGCAGCAGCAGGCAGCAGCUGGGGGCCUGCGGCGGCGUCUUUGCGCAGCAAGUGACCAGUGGUUCUCUCGAGAAGCAGCAGCAAGUGCUGGAGAACCGGCUGCAGCAGGCGCUGCAGAAGCACAGCCAAGCUGCUGCUGCCAACAAGCUGCUGCAGCAGCAGAUCGACGGACUCCGCCGCGAGCGAGUGGCCUUCCAGCAGCUCUUUAGAAAGGCCCAGGGAGAUCUGCAUGCGGAAAAACAACAAGUCCUUUCUUUGAUCAAAGUUGCUGCUGCUGCUUUUGCUGCUCGAGAAGCAGCGCAGCAGCAAAUUGCUGCGCUCAAGGCCGAGGAGGCCAAAGAGCGCCGCAGCUUCGAGAGCGAGUGGGCCGACCUGCAGCAGCUGCUCGACGGGCUGCAGCUGCGCCACUGGGCCCGCCAGCAGCAGCAGCAGCAGCAGCAGCAGCAGCAGCAGCAGCAGCGGCGGCGGCAGCAGCAGCAGCGCGACGCCGACGCGCGCCGCGCCGCCGAGUGCGAAACCGAAGCCCACAGCAGCAGCAGCAGCAGCAGCAGCAGGAGCAGCAGCAGCAGCAGCAGCAGCAAGUCGGAAAGCCCUGAAGAAGGACUCAGCAGCAUUUGCAAAAUCCGGAACUACAAAGUGGCUUUUGCCAAGAUCCAAGCUGCCACAGGCAUCAGCAGCGUGCAGCAACUUGCUGCAGCAUUUCAAGUUGCAGAAGAACACAACUUUUCUCUUUUCAAUUAUGUUAAUGAGUUGGGGGAGCAGCAGGAAGUGGAAGCAGCAGCAAUCCAGAGUUUGCGGCAGCAGCUGCACUUCUUCACGGAGCUGCAGCAGCAAACUUGCAGGCAGCAGCAGCAGGCCAGUCUGCAGCAGCAGCAGCAAGCUGCUGCGGUCGAAAGCCGCGCGCAGCAGCUCGCUGCAGCAAACGCUGCAGCAGCGCAGCAGCUGCAGCAAAUCAGCAGCAGCGCCAGGUGUAUGUUCACCUUGGUCGGAGCAGCAGACAAGUACAAGGACCAGCUCUGGGCCAAAGAAGAUGCAGCAGCAGAAAUAAAUAUAAUUAAUUAUUUGCGAGCUGUUGAAGAAGCUGUCGAUUUGCUGCUGCAGCAGCUGCUGCGCCCCAGCUGUACAGACACCCCGGACCCGCCCCCCCGCCCCCAAAAAAACCCCGAAAAAAACACCAC